AGCAGCCCCGGAAGCUGCCCAAGCGCAAGAUCGUGCUGCUCAUGGCCUAUUCGGGGAAGGGCUACCACGGCAUGCAGAGGAAUGUCGGGUCCUCGCAAUUCAAGACCAUUGAGGAUGACCUGGUGUCGGCCCUGGUCCGGUCGGGCUGUAUUCCCGAGAACCACGGCGAGGACAUGAGGAAGAUGUCGUUCCAGCGGUGUGCCCGCACAGACAAGGGCGUGUCCGCAGCUGGGCAGGUCGUGUCCCUGAAGGUGUGGCUGAUUGACGACAUUUUAGAAAAGAUCAACAGCCACCUCCCGUCUCACAUUCGGAUAUUGGGACUGAAGCGCGUCACGGGCGGCUUCAACUCCAAGAACAGGUGCGACGCUAGGACCUACGUCUACAUGCUGCCCACGUUCGCCUUCGCGCACAAGGACCGCGACGCGCAGGACGAGACGUACCGGCUGAGCGCCGACACGCUGCGGCAGGUGAACCGGCUGCUGGCCUGCUACAAGGGCACCCACAACUUCCACAACUUCACCUCGCAGAAGGGGCCCCGGGAGCCCAGCGCCCAGCGCUACGUCCUGGACAUGUUCUGCGAGGAGCCCUUCGAGCGGGACGGCAUGGAGUUCGCGGUCAUCAAGGUCAAGGGGCAGAGCUUCAUGACGCACCAGAUCCGGAAGAUGGUGGGCCUGGUGGUGGCCAUCGUCAAGGGCUACGCGCCCGAGGACGUGCUGGAGCGCAGCUGGGGCGAGGCCAAGGUGGACGUGCCCAAGGCGCCGGGGCUGGGCCUGGUCCUAGCUUGUCUCAUGCUCGUCCGUGUCUGUCGUCCGUGGCUGAGCUUCUGACCCACUGUGUGCUGGUGUCACUGUGCCCAUUGUAGCCAUGAGCAAGCUGGGGCACAGAGAGGCACAUCACUCCCCCCAGGUCACACAGCAGCGGGAGAAACCAGGCCGGGGCAACGUACCAGGUGACUGGUGACCCUGAAACACUGCCUAGUGCUCACUCGACACUUGGUGACCCUGGAUGAGGGACACGCGCGGCGGCGUCUUUCCAUUUGUGAUGUGGCGGUGACUGGAGGUCGCCUGUCUUGGGCUGGCAGUGCUGGUCAGCACAGGCCCUCUCUUGCUGGUGCAGUGGUUGAUACCUCCCCCACCCCACCCCCUCGGCUCCCUGGGGGUAUCUUCCCGUGACCUAAGUGUAUCUGGGAUACAUUGUCGUCCUCCACACCUGGAGUUGUAAACUGUCCCUGCAGGUCCCCAGCCCCCAGGAAGGCAGCGAAGAGGACGGAGACAGUGACUGAGCGGGGACGCCCCAGAGACACGUGCACCAGGAGCCGCCACCGGCCGCAUCCCUCGCCAAGACGGGAGCCAAGGUGCGGCCUCGCAACCUCAGGACCUCGAGACCCACAUCAUUCUCAGCUUCCCUCAGGAGAACCGGCCGCCAAUCUGUCCCGGCUCAGCGUGUAAAGACACUAUUUUUUUAAGGAAAUGAUUUUCUUAUUAAAUAGAUACAAGCUUUGCUUAGUC